AUGGUGGUGCCGGCGCCGGCCUCUGGUGGGCAGGGUGGCCGCCAGCCCGAGGGCCGAGAGGCAUGCCGGGCCUUGGCGGGAUCGCGUGUCGAGGGCGGUGCCGCUGAGAAGGGAGGGGACGGGGGGCGGGAGGCGGAGGGGGAUGAGGACGCGCCGGCGUGCCGGAUCUGCCGCAUGGGGGACGGCGAGGACGGGCGGCUGUUCCACCCCUGCCGUUGCUCGGGGAGCAUCAAGCACGUUCACGAGGCGUGCCUGACGCAGUGGUUGCGGCACUCGGGGAACACGUGUUGCGAGGUGUGUCGACACCGUUUCACGUUUUCACCUGUUUAUGCGGAAGACACUCCAGAGAAGCUGCCGCUGCAGGUCUUAGUGGGUGGAUCGAUGAAGAAAAUCCUAACUGGUUUGGGAUUCGCCUUCAGGCUUGUUCUGGUGUGGUGGGCAUGGCUGAUCGUGCUGCCAUUGACUACAUGCUUCCUUUGGCGGGCUGCCUUCUCGCCAACUCUGCAAGAGAUCCCAUCUAUGCUGCUGCAGCGUAUGAACCCCGCGGCGUUGACCUUUGAUUGUGUGCAGGGGUCGCUCCUCACGGCCAGCUUGUUUAUGGUAAUGUUUGUGAUAUCCUACAUCAAGGACCACUACGAGCACUGGGUCUCCACCUUGGAGCAGCAGUUCGAUGCCAAGCUCACUGAACUGAUGGACCUCUGGUCGCAGAGCAUGGAUUCUGAGCAAGGUAGCCCCAGGGUCGAUGAACUGCAGCCCAGCACCCCUGCAGGAGCACCAACUGCCCAAACAUCAGGCGACCUGGACAGGCAGGACAGUGGGCUGGGCGCCUGUGGAUCUGGGGAGGCACCCGGGGCGGGCGCGAGUCAGGAGCACCGCGUGCAGGCCUGGGCCCAGGGUGGCAUUGGGAAUGUCGAUUCCUCGGCUUUGAACAGCGAGGGUGGGGCAGAGUCCGCCGGGCCAACCCGGCUAGGGCGUGGCCCCACCCCUGCGUCAGGGGAAGUGGCAGAGAAUGGGGCCUCCACCAGGGGGCAUGAUGAUCGGCCAAAUGGUGGUGAGGCUGGGGAUUUGCAGGCUGGAGGAGCGGGGAAUGGGAUGGCGGCAGGGAUGCCGGCGGGGGCGGAGCAGGCGGGGCGGAUGGCGGUGAACGUCCAGCGGCCGGCGGCUGCGCCCCGGGCCGAAAGGCCGGACCGCCAGGCCGACUUCUGGUGGGACCACAACGUGCUGGACGAGCAGAUCGCGCACUUCGAGGAGCACGUCAACGGCCAGCUGAACGACCAGCCGCUGGAGCAGCUGCUGGGCCUGCGGGGGCCCCUGGAGAACGUCGUGCUCAAUGUGGUGACGAUGAUCAUCUUCAACGCCGCGCUGGUGGCCGGCCUGGUCUGGCUGCCGUUGCGCGUGGGCGGCUGGGCGAUGGCCAUGGCCGCAUCCGCGGUGGACACCCUCCGAUCGUCGACGGCGUGGGAGGCGGGCGUCAUGUGGGAGGCCGUGGUGGCCCACGGCGUGACGCUGCUGGGCCUCAGCGAUCCGCUGUACCACGCCUCGCCGCACCAGCCCUGGCAGGGCCGGCCGGCGGCCACAUCCCCGCCCGCGCCCGGCGCCUGCCUGGCGCCGACGCUGGAGACGAUCGUCCUGCCGCACCUGCGGGUGAGCGGCCUGCACGACUCGGCGCCGCUGAACCAGAUGUCGCUGCAGAUCGCGCGCGUGGUGGCGGAGCUCGAGGCGCAGGUCAUCCCUCCCACCAGCGACGACCUGGUGGACAUGUUCGCGGGCUAUGCCGUGCUCAUGAACAUCGGCUUCGCGGCAUUCUGGGGUUACCUGUCCUUCCGGGUUUGGUCCAGGCGCCCGGCCACCACCCUGGCCGCCCCGGCCUCCCUGGCGCGAAAGUGGUUCUGGCAGUCGGUCGUGGGGCUGGGCGUGGCGGGCAAGUUCGUGCUGCUGCUCUUCCUGGAGCUCCUGGUGUUCCCCACAGGUUUCGGCUACUGGCUGCACCUCUGCAUGCUGCCCGUCUUCAAGACCACCACCUUCAGGGAGCUGUCCUGGCUGAGCCUGAGCUUCCACUGGCUGUGUGGUAUGGGAUUCCUACUCGGGUUCACAUCGCUGGUGCGUCUGCUGCGGGAGGUGCUGCGCCCUGGGGCGCUGCGUUUCCUGCGGGAUCCCACCCGCCCAGACCAGGACCCCUUCCAGGAAAUGGCAUCUGAGCCCCUGGCAAAGCAGCUGCUGGGCAUCGUUAUAUCAUGUGUCAUCUACGCCAACCUCGGUGUCAUCUUCCUCCACAUACCCUCCCGCAUUGCCCGAUACGCCUGCACCCACCUCUACCCUAUAAAGUACCUAUUCAGCCGGGUGCCACUCUCCCAGCUGCCUGUCGACCUCCUGCUGUUCCACAUCUUCCUGCCCUUCACCAUCGAGCACUUCCUGCAGCGGCUGGUCAAGGAGUCGUUUCAGGCCUGGCUGCGGUGGGCCAGCCUGUUGUCAGGCCUGGACGAGUACCUCCUGCCCAGUGACCAGUUUGGAAUGGUGCGGCGGAGCUGGGCGAGAGUGCGGCAGUGGCAAGCUAAUGUGUUCGGCAAAUUCCAACUUGGCACUUUGGGGCUGGCACGGGCGCUGGGUGUGCAGACUGCUCCACCUGAGCGGCAGAGAGGGGCGGCAGAAGAGUCGGCGGAUCGAGCAGAUGGGCCAUCUCCAGCUGUGUGUGUAGCAUCUGGCGAUGGAGAGUCUGCAGGGGAAAUGCACAGGCAAGGGGCGUGUGAUGGGUUUGAAGAGGCUUGCCUUGCCCCAACCGAGGACUGCUCGCUCUCUGAUGAUACAGAGUUUGAUGGGGAGAGUGGGAAGAUCAGCCAGCGGCCUGCAGCCAGGUCGUCGGAUCUGGCAACGAGCAGCGCGACAACUGACACCAAUUCCUGCUCGAGUUGUGGCGUCAACCAAGCGGUGCCUUUGGCACCACAAGAGAGCGAUGUGAAGCCUGCCCGGCGUGAGCCGGCACAGUCCGGUGUGCGGCCCACCCCUGCCAUUGCAGUGGACCAGUCCUCUACCACAGUUCAAAGGGAGCCCCAUGAGCUCGAGAGUGACCCCACUUUUCCCCUGAGGGUGGCGUGCCUUGUCCUGAUCUGGGGCUUGACGAUGGUGGUGUGCCAUGCACUGAUGCUGAUCGUGCCUGUAUCGCUGGGGCGCGCUCUGUGCCUUGUGCUCUUCGAUUUCUACCGCAAUGCAUUCAGGCACCUGCCAGGCACGCCCAUCCACGACCUCUUCACCUCCUACAUCGGAAUGGUCGUUCUGUACUCGCUCCUGGACUUGGGGCGGACGGCCAUCAUGGCGCGCCACCGCCUCAACGCUGGCCUGCAGAACAUGAUCCACAAUGGCCUGCAGGCGCUGGGCACCUUUGCCAAAUGCUCCCUAUUUUUGGUUGUGUGGCUGGGCCUUGUGGCAGCAGGCUUCGGUAGCUUCAUAGAGCUGGCGCUGCGGCCAAUCAAGGCACAGUUGGAUGGCCAAGCUGGGGCGGUGGAGCCCUUGAGGGCGUGGUCCAUUGGGAUCACGGCGCUGAUGGUGUGGCACUUGGCAGUGAAGAGAACUGAGGUGCAGCAGCGCGGCCGGGAACCGGCCCACCACACCAACAACCUGCAUGAGGAGUUUGCGGCGAUGCAGCGCAACGGCCUGAUGAACCUGCGCCUUGGGGGGGCCAUGCGGCGGCUGGUUGGUCCCCUGCUGCUGCGCUUGCUGGCCGCCCUCGGAGGCCCAUGGGUCUUCACGCGGGUGCUGCUGCCCCUGCUGGGCGCCCCUGAGAAGGUGGUGGCCGUGGCUGAGCUGCAUGCCCACCUGGCCCUCCUCCUUCUGGUGCUGGUGGCGCGGGGCGUGGAGCUGAUCAAGAGCACGUUCCGGCAGCUGCACGACGUCAUACGGGAUGACCAGUACCUAGUGCGGCAACAGCGGUGA